UUUUUUUUUUUUUUUUUUUUUUUUUUUUUAGUAAUUGCUUAGCAAACACCCAGAACACUCUAGUAAUAUGCCUAACAACGACAACCUCGUAACCAUGUCAAAGUAACCACUCAGAACAAUGCUGUAACAACCAGAGCAUCACAGCAAUAACCUAGCAACAAAGUUACAGCUGUCCAAAAACACCCUACCCUAACCUAGCAAUGCACCCAGAAUUCAAUAUCAGCUUUCUAAAAAACACAUAGAGCAGCAUAGCAACAACCUAACAACACACUUUCUAAACACAAUUCUAAACACCUUAGAAACUGCCUACCAAUGCCCUAGUACCCAUUCAGAAUACCAAAGCAACACAAAUCCUAGUAACCAUGGCAAAGCACCAUAGCGACCACCUAGAUAUUUACAGCCACUUAAAAAACUGUAGCAGCUGCCUAGCAACACCCUAGUGACCACCACCCAAAACAUUAUAGCAACCGCCAGAACAACCCAUCAAGGAUCUAACAACCACCUUAAAGUGUCUUAGCAACCACCACAGAGAGCAAAAGCAAAACCUAACAACAUACUUUGUCACAUUUGGGACAUUUUAGAAAUGUCAUAGCAACAUUCUUGUAAUGACCCAGAACAACUUAACAACUGUUUAGAAAUACCACCUAGUAACCACCCAGAUAACCUAGUAACAUCCCAACAACCACCUAAAGCACCAUAGCAACCAUCUAGUUCUACCACUAACCACCUAUCCUCUUUUUUCAGUAUCCACAGCUGUUCACUGGAAUUCAGUCACCAUGGAAGGGUUUACCCCUGUAUGGACCACCAGGUCUGACCUUUCUGUUUUCUGACCUCCCCCACCACCCCCACCACCGAUGCUGGCCAAAGCUGUAGCCACAGAGUGCAACACAACAUUCUUCAACAUCAUCUCCGCAUCCAGUAUUGUGAGGGAGGGGAGGGGAGUCUCUGAGAAGCUGGUUCGGUUCAGAAGAGACUGGAGGACAUCAUUUUCUCAGAUUUGUGUUAUUUUAUUGCUUUAUGAAAUGUGUGGUGGGGAAAGGUUGCGCUCAGCAAAACACUGAUUUUCCUCAUGUUAUGAUUCUCUGCAGGUUUUGUUUGAGCUGGCAAGUCAUCACGCCCCAUCCACCGUUUUCUUGGAUGAGCUGGAAUCAGUGAUGAGCCAGCGAGGGGUUGGCCAAGGGUGAGCAUGAGCCAGUAACUUUCACUGACAGUAAACAAUCAAUCUCCCAUCUGGCCCUGACAGACGAGCCAUGAUCAGUCAUUGGCUGCCUCCAGUUAGUAACACAGGUGGGGUGGAGCUGAACUAUGACUCGCUGGCACAGGAGACAGGAGGUUACUCUGGGUCAGAUAUGAGGUUAGUGUGGGCAUCAAAAAAAUUUGACGCCCUUGAAAAUCACAUUGAAGGUCAGUCCAAUAUGCUGGUUAUUGAACUAGAAACUGUGACCACAGCAGAUUUCCUGGAGGUGAUUGCUCACACCAAACCGUCAGCCAGAUGUCUGAUGGACAGAUACUCGGCCUGGGAGAAAGAGUACAGGUCUGUCUGACACAUGAUCUCAGCAUAACACAUGGACUGUUAUUACAGCAACCAACAAAUGUUUUUAUCGCACUACUACCUACUCUUUUUAUAAUU